AUGCAAUUUGAGUGUUCAAGCUCCGAGGAAGAAGUUACCGAUGAUGAUGAUGAUGAUGUGAAUUUACAAGCCUGGAAUGAAAUAGAAUCAGAAUCGGAUGCUGAAUUCUUGGAGGAUCAUGGAACCGUCGAAGAAGUACCGGCAAAUUCGGAAGAUAAUACAACCAAUCCUAUCGAUUGCUAUCGACAUUUCAUCACUGACGAGAUUAUUAGCCUCAUGGUUCGUGAAACUAAUCGAUAUGCAGAACAACACUUACAAACACAUAAGCUUAGCAAACGAUCAAAACCUCUUUAA